CGCCGCAGCCCUCGGCUUCCCGGGCUGGAAACCUUUGAGACUGAGCGGCUGCCUCUAGGUCUGCGCUGCCCGCCGCCCCUCCCGCCGUCCCGCGGCUUGUGAGGGAGCACAACGGAGACUCGGGGCAGCCGGGGAAACCUGUGACCCCCCGCGCAGGAGCGGGGCGGGGGACCGGGAGAAGAUGGCGACUCCGGGAAGCGAACCCCAAGCUUUCACGCCCGCCCUCUCGGUAACCACCCUGCACCCGCAUCUCCACCAGCACCACCAGCACCACCAGCACCACGGAAGCACGGGAGGCGCGGGCUUCAACCUGCCCUUGAACCGUGGGCUGGAGCGCGCGCUGGAGGAGGCGGCCAAUUCUGGGGGCUUGAACCUGAGCGCAAGGAAGCUGAAGGAGUUUCCCCGGACGGCAGCCCCGGGGCACGACCUCUCGGACACGGUGCAAGCAGAUCUGUCUAAAAACCGGCUGGUGGAAGUGCCGAUGGAACUGUGCCAUUUCGUAUCACUGGAAAUUCUUAACCUGUAUCACAACUGCAUCCGGGUCAUUCCUGAGGCCAUUGUUAACUUGCAGAUGCUUACCUACUUAAACCUGAGCCGAAAUCAGCUGUCCGCCCUGCCCGCCUGCCUGUGUGGUCUGCCUCUCAAAGUCUUAAUCGCAAGUAACAACAAGCUGGGAUCACUGCCUGAAGAGAUAGGUCAGCUCAAACAGUUAAUGGAGUUGGACGUCAGCUGCAACGAGAUCACCACCUUGCCCCAGCAGAUAGGCCAGCUGAAGUCUCUACGAGAGCUGAACGUCCGAAGAAAUUACCUUAAGGUUUUACCACCAGAACUCGUAGAUCUCCCCUUGGUAAAGUUUGACUUUUCCUGCAACAAAGUUCUGGUGAUCCCCAUCUGCUUUAGAGAGAUGAAGCAGUUACAAGUGCUCCUGCUGGAGAACAACCCUCUGCAGUCCCCUCCGGCUCAGAUUUGCACAAAAGGCAAAGUGCACAUAUUUAAGUAUCUGAGUAUACAAGCAUGCCAGAUUAAGACCACUGACCCCCUCUACCUCCACGCCAUGGAGAGGCCUCAUUUACACCAGCAUGUAGAAGACAGUAAGAAGGAUUCUGAUUCGGGAGUUGGAAGUGACAAUGGAGAUAAGCGGUUGUCUACCACAGAGCCCUCUGAUGAGGACACAGUUAGCCUCACUGUUCCCAUGUCAAACAUCAUGGAGGAAGACCAGACCAUCAAGGAGGAUGCAUGCCAUCGUCUGACCCCAGCUAAAGGAGAAUUUCAGCCCAAGCCUUCCCUUUUGGGUGACAGCAACAGCCCAGGACAAGAAAGAGAUCAGUUUGCUGAUGGAGCAGAUGCUCUCCACUCGGGAUUUAUGAACUAUAAAAAGGACCAGUCAGAAGACUGUGAAGAGCUUUUGCGGAUAGAAGAGGAUGCUCACUGGCCGAUGGAGGGACUACUAGGUUCAUCCAAAGAUCAGGAUUUGGAUAUAUCGAUGAUUGAGCAGCUGAGGGAAGCAGAGGAUUUGCUUCAGGAUCCCAACGGCCUGAGCACCGACAUUACAGAGAGAAGUAUUUUGAACCUGUACCCCGUGGGCUCAGCAGAAGCCUUAGAAUUACCUGACUCUACGCUCAAUGGUCAGCCGCAGCUGGAGACGUCCCCAGAGUGUGAGGUGCAGAAUGACCUAAUGCUACAGAGUAAUGGGAGCCAGUAUUCUCCAAAUGAGAUGAGAGAGAACUCCCCUUCAAUGUCUCCAACUGCAAAUGUCACAGCUCCGUUUGGCCUGAAGCCUCGCUCUGUGUUUCUAAGACCUCAGAGAAAUUUGGAGUCUAUAGACCCGCAGUUUACGAUUCGGAGGAAAAUGGAGCAGUUGAGAGAAGAGAAGGAGCUGGUGGAGCAGCUCCGAGAGAGCAUCGAAAUGAGGUUGAAAGUGACCCUGCACGAAGACCUAGGGGCAGCACUCAUGGACGGUGUCGUGCUCUGCCACCUGGCCAACCACAUCCGCCCGCGGUCUGUCGCCAGCAUCCAUGUCCCCUCACCUGCGGUUCCCAAACUCAGCAUGGCCAAGUGCAGGAGGAAUGUGGAAAACUUCUUGGAAGCAUGCAGAAAACUUGGCGUUCCCGAGGAAAAGCUCUGUCUGCCUCAUCACAUCCUUGAAGAGAAAGGCCUGGUCAAAGUGGGCAUGACUGUUCAAGCGCUGUUGGACGUCACCGUCACAAAAGCUCUGUUCACAUGAGACCGAGCCCUCUCCCCUGGGUGGGCUCAGACUCUACCCAGAGCAGGGACUCCCGACUCUGCUCCUGGCACCUGCACCGACUCCCCCACUCACCACCUGCCAGUUCCCUGACAAGCUACUACGUUGACAGGGUUUCAGCCUAUGGGAGGAUUCAGGACCUUUUAGAGUUGGCCUCCAGGGUUCAGGUUGGACGGGUAUUAUCUGACAGCCAGUGAGGGAGCUGGCAGAGAACUGAGUAGCACAUCAUUGCCUUUUCAGCCUCCUUCAUCCCUUCCACACUCACCGACUGCCAUUACCAAAUGCCAAGCACAAGCCGUUUCACAGUGAGUCGCGUCCGUCUUGUCAAAACCAAACUCCUUGCAGAAUCAGUGGGGGGAGGGGGAAUGCCAUCAGGUUUUUUUGCCACCAAAUUUUUUCAAGAUGUUUCUUGAGACCAUUGCCUUUUUUGAGAAACUAUUUUCAACAUACAAAAUAUUUAUAUAAAUAUUAUUUAUUAGUGAGUCGUUAUUCAUCCUUUGGAUGCAAAUUGUAAAUUAGGAAACUAUUUUAUUACUGCUUUUUUGUGGUUAAACAAUUUAUUUUAAUAUUAUAAAUACUGAGUUAUUUUCGAGCCUCUUGGGCAUGUAGGAGUUCCAGGUCUCAGUGUUCCUAUUUCCUGGUGUAUAUGAUUCAGAAAAAAAAAAAAAAAUUAAACAAGAAACACGUGCUUCUGUGACAGAGAGCUGUUUUCUGGGGAGGUGAUAUCCACCUUUUGAUUUGCGGAACAUCGUUCUUAUUUAUAUUUCUGCAUUCCAUCCAGUUUCCUACAUUCCAGCAGCCCUCUUGUCCCAUAUGAUAACGAACUGACUGAAAUCAAGAGAGCACCCCAAAGUUACUUGUAAAUAGCUAUGUGGAAAAAAAAAAGACAUAUUAAACUUGAAGAUGAAAUGUGAACAGGUUUUUUUUUUGAUUCAUGUUUCUUUUGCUAUGCACAAAAUAUUCACAUUUUAACACAGAGAAGGGGGAAGUGUUCAGUAUAUAUCUUGAAGUAUAAUUUUGCACUGUAUUUUGGGUAAUUGAGGAGCAUCUAGCACCAAAGGUAGAUGUUGAAGAAAUGAAUGAGAAAAUGGAGAUGAUGGGAGGUGACUGUCUAACUAAAAGGGUUAUAGACCUUGAUUCAGGACACCAGCACUUGUUACGACUGCCGGCAUUCAAAGAGUGAGAGAUUCCGAAAUGUAGACAUGUUUGUCUUUAUUGUAAUCGAGCUGGUGCUUUUUAAAGAGUCCAGACUUGGAAGCUUCAUAGUGUCUGGUAUGAAACUUGGGAAGUGAGUGGGUCAUGGGGCAGACUGAGUGAAGGUCAGGUAGGUGGAGUAUGUGAGCAGCCGGGGAGGAGCAAAGACAAGCACACUAGCACUAGAAAGGAGCCAGCCCAGGAGAGGAGCCCGUCCCAUUCGUUGGUGGGAGAGCUUCGCCAAAGGCGUCACAGGACUAUGCCGGGCAGUCCCACCCAUGCACACUCAUACUGUCGGUAUGGAUGGAUACCCCAGUCAUUCAUCUGUCAAAAGUCUGUGAAUACUGACUGCACUUUCACCUCUGUACAAAGCCAUUGGCAGUUUCUAGAGCAACAGUAGCCACAGUGGGGGACCGUCAAGGUAGAUACAAAAGACUGUAAGAUGAAUGAGUGCAUUCAACAGAGACUGACCCUCCACCAGGAAGGAUGGAGGGGAUCUGAACAUGGGGAUUCAGACAGGCAGCUAGUAAGUUACUUCCUAUCAAAUGUACUGUGCACUUUAACAUAAAUAUAUUUUACUACUUUUCUGUACUGCACAAAUACCUGUUUUGUCAAAUGGCAUAACAAUGUAAAGAUGAGAGGAUUUUUAACAGAGUGUACUCAACUGGAGCAGCAUUCGGAGCUGAUCUACACAAGGGUUUAGAAGGCCGCACCUUCACAGCAUUGCAGCGCGGCGUCCUGAAGUAUAUUUUUACAUGUAUCUCUGACGACAUGAAGCUCCAUAACCAUUACUUUCGGAUAUUUUUUCAAAAUUAAAAGAUUUCUUUUGAUAUUAAUUUCCACAAUUUCCUUGAAAUUGGCUGUAUCAUACAAAUGGCUUCAGUAUUUUGUAAAAAUGUUUUUUUUAAUGCAAUUCUUGUAUGGAUAAGAUGUCUUCAAGAUCCUUGUACACUGUUUAUAUGUACAAUAAAAUGUGCAUGGCUGGCUGAUCAUAUGAUAAGUAGACAGAAUGUAUAUAGUGCAAACUUUUUAUUAUUUAACAGCCAUUAAAAUUUUGAACUUGUACCAACCA